AUGGCAGGCCACGGCGUGGCCACCGACUCGCUGCCGGCAGCAGUGACCCAGCUCCAGGUCGCAGACUUCCCGGUGUUUGAUCGCGAGGGAAAGGAGCUUCCUUUCAGCGAUGUUUACAACGGUCGCAAUGCCACCGAUCGGACCCUGGUUGUCUUUGUCCGCCAUUUCUUCUGUGGCAGCUGCCAGGAAUACCUCGAGCGCUUAUCGGCCACCAUCACCCCCAACCUCCUUUCGCAAUCGCCCACCAGCACCUCGGUCGCUGUCGUCGGAUUUGGCGACUAUCGCUUAAUCGACUUUUACGCAGAGCAGUCGCGCUGCCCGUUCCCCAUAUACUCUGACCCAACGCGCAAGCUCCACGAUGCGCUCGGAAUGAUCAAUACGUGGGAUGUUGGCCAACAGCCGGGAUACAUAUCCAAGAGCCUGCCUCGCCUGGCCGUUGAGGGCCUGUGGCAGGCUCUGAAACAACUGCCGAAUGGGCUGGCUUUCAAGAACGGCUCGGCGCAGCAGGAGGGCGGCGAGUUUCUCUUCGAACCGACCGGCGAGGGCGACAAGCGCGUCACCUGGUGCCAUCGCAUGCAGAAUUCUUGGGGUCAUACCGAAAUCCCUGCGAUUUCCAGGGUUCUUCUCGGGCACGAAGUGGCGAAAACAGAUAGGGUGGUCGGCGGUAGGUCGGACAAUACCUGA